AUGGACUCCUCCUCAGAAAAGAAAUCGCCCGAGGCAUAUCAGCAAUCCCAUCCCGAAGUCGAUCUCCUUGCAGAAGAAGCCUUACAAGUGCCAGGGUACGACGCCGAAAUUCAAUACGAGCCUGCCGAAGCCAGAAAAGCGUUGUUGAAGGUUGAUCUGUUCAUCCUGCCUUUCAUCGUUCUCUGCUUCUGCUUCCUGCAAUUCGAUCGAACCAACAUUGGUAAUGCCCUGACGGACACACUCAAAAAGGACAUCCAUGUCGGCAACGCUCAAGUCAAUCUCGCUCAGACCCUAUUCAUUGUCGGCUUCGUCAUUACCGAGAUACCCUUCAAUAUCAUCUCCAAAUAUGUUGGCCCUGAGAGAUUCCUGCCCGUAACCAUGGGUUUGUGGGGUCUUACGACUUGGUGUCAGAUAUUCAUUAAGAACGCACACGGCCUCUACGCAGCUCGUUUCUUCAUCGGAGCACUGGAGGGAGGUUAUAUCCCGGGUUUCUGCCUUUACAUCUCGAAGUACUAUACAAAUCAGGAGUUGGCCUUGCGCUUCGCUAUCUUCUGGGCAUCGAACAGCGUUGCGGGCGCUCUGGGCGGGCCUCUAUCCAUUGGAUUGCUCUCCCUGCGCGGAAACCACGGUCUGCAAGGAUGGCAAUGGCUCUUUCUCAUCGAAGGCAUUCUGACCUGCUGCAUUGCCGUUGUUGCAUACUUCUACUUGCCUCAUGGUGCCGCAAAGCCAAAAUCCUUCUUCGGCAAGUCUUUCAACAUCUUCACAGAGCGAGAAGCAUCCAUCAUUGUCACUCGCGUCAUCCGCAAUGACCCCACAAAAGCGAUGCGGUUCGGGAAGCCCGUGCUGCCCUCUCAUAUUCUGGCAACAUUCAAGGACUGGCGGCUGUACGGACACCUUGUCGGUGCAUUCUUGUCGAUGAUCAUGAUCCAGCCAAUGAACACGUAUGCGCCUUCAAUCAUCAAGUCGCUUGGGUUUACCGGAUUGCAAGCCAAUGGCCUCAACUCUGUGGGCAGCGUUUGCCAAUUGGUGUGGUCGAUAUCCUUGGCCUAUAGCAGUGACAGAUCCCGCGAACGUGGGUUCCACAUUGCCGCCGGCUAUCUACUCGGCGCCGCUGGCAUACUCUGGCUUGCACUGGCACCCAACUCUGUCGGCAAGUGGGUUCUCUAUGGUGGCGUUGUCAUGACUCAAAUGGGCAUGGGCUCCGCGCAAGCUAUUAGUGCAGCCUGGCUCACCUCGAAGAUGGAAGACUACAAACGUCCAAUCGCAUUGGCUGCAUAUGUGAUGAGCAUCCAACUCGCUGGAUUCCCAGGCAACCAGCUGUUCCGCACGCAAGACGCACCUCGAUAUAAGCAUGGCUUGAUCAUUGCCGCAUCUUGUGCCAUUGCCGGAGCGGUAGUGGUUCUGGUGUGGAAAAUGAUGUACCGCCUGUGCGACAAUGGUGAUGGUGGUGUAGAAACCAAGUUUGGCAUCGCACCUGUUGAUGAGAGGGCUGUUCCUGAGGUGUGAAGAAAGAUAUCAUCGACGUUCGUGGCUAUCGAGGAUAAGAGUAUGCAGCCUUUCAGUCUAGCAUAGAGAAUAGUAUAUGUUACAUG